UUGCUGUGAUCGUUUGGACCGCUAUUUUCAUCAUGCAUGAGGUUUACUACUGCCGGUGGUGCCACUCCGCCUCCGUGAGACGUUCCCAGAGAAGAGGCUCAGCAGAGCGGGCAGGUUCCCGCUGUGGCACAGAUGCUAAAUCGUUAGCUUCCAGUAUGACCGAGGUGGGCCUAUGCAUAGGUCACCUCUGUUCGGACACCUAACGGGGAAAUCCACGGGGCCGAGCCGCAGUAGGAACAGCUCCCAACCGGUGCCCGCUCACGUCCGUCUGCAAUGAGGACGCGGCUACUUCGGAGGGGGCGGUGCUGCUCCGGAGGCUGGAAACGCAACCUUAAACUGUAGUAGUAAUAAUAUUGUCAUUAGGCAUUUGUUCGUUUCCCUUUCUCUUAGGAUUCUCUGUUUGUCAUGUGUGAAAAGAACUAGUCGCGUAAAAGAACAGCUGUUGUAAAUGAACAAGUUUCCUAGACCGAAUAACCCACAGGCAGGAGAAGUGGAGGACGUGCUUACCAGCGUGAAUAAAAGUACAUCUAUGUCGUAGGAGGUAUACUUUUUUUCAAGAAAGACUGUGUGUUAUUAUGCGCUGUGACAUACGGUGAAUUAUGUGAGAAGUUUCUAGUUGCUGACAAGUGAACCUCACUAUAGAUUUAGCUGAUUUCAGAGAGAUGGAGGAAUGAGAUCAGUAGCUGCUUCCUUCACAGACACAGCUGUGUCCCAGUGGAGUGAGCUGGGCUCAGGUUCCCUCCCACUGAGACAUUGGAUCGAGGACUGUACCCAGGGCCUCGGUCUGAAAGGGAACCAUAUUAGUUUAACAUCAGCAUGUUGGUAUUAGAUGUCAGGGUCCAGGAAUUUGGAUCUGCUGAAUUCAUACAUAAAACCUUAAUGGAGUUGGUGGAGUAUUGGACACAAGGUGCUGGGGGAUGCCCAGUGUUGCCGGGGUGAUGAGCAGUAAUGACUGUUUUGGCUGUGGCCGCAGCGGCCACUGGGUGAAGAACUGUCCAAGCACCAGCCGAGGACGAGGCAGAGGUCGUGGCAGAGGCAAAGAUCUGUUCUGUUACCGCUGCGGGGGGCUCGGACAUGUCGCCAGAGACUGUGAAAGAACAGAGGACGCAUGUUACAACUGUGGCAGAGGAGGUCACAUCUCCAGAGACUGCAAGGAACCCAAGAAGGAGCGAGAGCAGCUGUGCUACAACUGUGGGAAGGCUGGACACAUGGCACGAGACUGCAACCACGCCCAUGAGCAGAAGUGCUACUCGUGUGGAGGCUUCGGACACAUCCAGAAAUGCUGCCAGAAGGUGAAAUGCUACAGGUGUGGGGAGAUCGGCCAUGUAGCUGUGCACUGCAGCAAGGCCUCGGAGCUGAACUGCUAUAACUGUGGGAAGUCUGGUCACCUGGCCAAGGAGUGCACCAUCGAGGCUACGGCCUAGCUGAUGUUGCCCUGUCUCUUUUUUUUUCUCUUCACCAUUCCCUCUGGUUCUCUGUAUUGGUCCAGAGGCCUGUCCGUCAGCCUCCCAGCAGCCUAGCAGAAUAGACAAGAGGAUCUUUUCCUGAGGGGCAAACACAAGACUCCUGCAUUUUGAAAAAUUGUUUUACUCUUGGUAACCUCCCCGUCCCUAGGCAUAAGUGGGCGGAUCUAUGGCCACGAGGAAGCAUUGGGAGUUUUAUCUUCAGAUAAUAACUUUAUUUUUCUGGACACAGAAAAGACGAGACGAGAUUAGCUUGGCCUCCAGCAAACAGCCAGCAACAACUUGAGGAACAUAAUUAUUGAUGUUUUAAAGGUGUGAGUUGUUGCUGAGACAAAUUCUAAUAAUAAUACGAUAAAACAUGUUUUAAAAAACAGGUUUAGGGAGAAGAGAAUGUUUUCACAAAGUCAAAAUGUUAUUUUUGUACAAUAUAUCACUUAGAACUACUGUAAAAAUGUGUUUUGGUUGUUCUUCAGAUUGUGUAAAUUUAACCUGACAAUAAAAAUGUGGAGGAGGAAGAAUA